AUGAGUCUUUUGCAACAUCCAAAAAUCCCCUUUCCAGAUCCUCCAAAGUUUGACCACAGCCGAGACCCGUAUCCCGUCGCUACUGGUGCAACCGUGGACCUGCAAUGUUCGGCGUUCGCUGUACCCAAUGACAUCACGUUCUCCUGGUCACGUGACAGGAACCCUGUGUCGGGAGAUCGGUUUACCGUUUCCCAGCCUGCACCGGGAGCCUCCCAACUCACCAUCGAUGACGUACAGGAGGAGGAUUAUGGGACAUACCGCUGCACGGCGACCAAUCAGAAAGGAGGAGAGUCAGAUGACAUCGUCUUACAGCCAUACGGGCCCCCGCACCAGCCAACCGGCUUGCAAGUCUUGUCCAAGGAUGCCGAUUUCAAAGUCCAGAUCCGUUGGACUGCCGGCUUCAACGGUGGGCUGGCAACAACCCACACCAUGCAGGUUCGGAAGAAGGGUUCCACGGUCUGGAAAGACGUAGGGACUCAGCAAGAAAGGGUCGAAGAAAGAAAUCCCACGUUCGUGAAGACCCUUGAUCUGAAGGACGAGAACGAGGGAGACUAUGACCUGCGGGUGACGGCCGCCAACAGCGAGCCGGGCGGAGCAUCGUCUGAUUUUGUGGAUUUGCGAUUGGAAGGUCGACAACGACUGUACGGCACCCUCACAGUUGUCCAAGAGUGGAAGGAGGCGCUGGGAGAUCCUGCCUCGUCUGAGUUCAAAAAGAAAGCCAAAGAGUUUGAGGAAAACUUGGACAAGGUCUUCAAUCGGUUCAUCGGAUAUGAGGAGACAGAAAUAAAAAGCCUCAGGUAUCACCAUAACUUCUAACUUGUUAAGAAAUAUGAUUUGUUUGCAAAUUUUCUUAAAAUGACUACAU